CAGUUGUACAGUGCGGAUCAACCCUUAAUUAAACCAAAAAUAACAAGAUGACACUUCUUUGCGUCUUCAUUAUUUUAGCUGUACCAAGUAUUGCGGAAGAACUGAAGCUUGUCUAUCAGUGGAGUCAAAUUUCUACUCCCAUAUCAGAAGCCGUGCAAACAAAUGUAAUAUUUAGCAACCAAGCGGCACCUGGGGGGAAUGAAUCUUUCAAUGCUUACGGGAAUAUCCCAAUGGGCGUCAGUCAUCACAAAGGGCGUCUGUUUAUUACCUUUCCCAGAAGACGACCGGGUAUCCCAGCCACGCUCACCGUUCUCAACACCACAGAGAUUCCAAGAAUAAACAAUCCGCCACUUUCCGCUUAUCCUGAAGCGCUAAUGAACACGUUGCAUCUUGAUUACGCUGCUGACCCGAAGAGGAUUGUGUCCGUAUACCGUACUAGGGUGGACAAAUGUGACCGAUCGUGGUUCGUUGAUACCGGCUAUCUGGAAUAUCCCGGGAAUGCACGACAGGUUCAACGGCCAGCACUGUGGAUUAUAAAUCUUCGGACAGACCGUCGCAUUCAACGGUUCGAAAUUCCUGCUAGUAUUGUAGAGUUUGGGUAUGGAAUGGCCAGCAUCACAGUUGAUGUAGAAGAAGAUAGAUGCGAAGAUGCGUACGCCUACAUAUCCGACUUCAAGUGGCAGCGACUUUAUGUAUACAGCUUGACCGCCAACAGAAUGUGGCGUUUCAAUCAUAUUUAUUUCUCCUUUGAACCACAAAACGGACGCUUGAAUAUCGGUGGACAGCGAUUUUUUUGGAACGAUGGACUAUUUUCAGCAGCCAUCGGUGGCCGAAACUCGGUUACUGGAAUUCGACCUGUCUACCUUCAUGCGAUGGCCGCCACUAGCGAGAUUGCUGUUCCCAACAAUGUUCUAAAGAAUGAAAAUUUGACCAAUUCCGGCGUCGAUUAUGGUCGAUAUUUUACUCAUCUGGGUUCAAGAGGCUCGAACACGCAGAGUACCAACCAUGCCUAUGAUGAAAAGACAGGUGUUCUGUUCUAUGCUGAGGUCAACCGUAACUCAAUCGGAUGCUGGAACAGUGCCCAUACCUUUGCAGCUGACAAUCAUGGCAUCGUGCAGCUGGAUAAUAGUAAUAUGAUUUAUCCAUCGGACUUAACGAUUGAUAAUGAAGGUGUGAUAUGGGCCAUUUCGAACCGACUUCCCAUAUGGAUCUACUCACAACUAAACGUCACUGCUUUUAAUUUUCGGAUUUGGCGCCAGACUGCGAGUAAGGCGAUCGUAGGUACGAUUUGUGUCUGAUUUUAUCCGUGCGGGAAAUCUUUCAAAUUCAUGUUAACAUACUAGACGACAAUUGAAGUUAGACUACGGUUGUGAAAUAUAAUUUCAGUAGGAGUUUUUGUUGCGAAUAGUUUCAGCUAGAGUCGGUUAUUGUAAUACUGCGAAAAAUUACACUAAAAGGAUAUUUUGCUACACUGGACAACUCUGCUCUCUCGGUAUCCUAUUUAGCAGUUUCGUUAUUUAAUUUUGUUUUUUUAAAGAUCUAGUAGAAAAAUAUUAGCUGCUCUAUGAAUCUAUAGACGAUUUAUUUAUCCGAACCAAAAGAGUUCCGUUCUUUCGACGGAAACAAAGUUUUGUAGUCUUUUUAAUAUGAUUGGUUUCAAUAGUACGUACGACUCGCAUAUUUUUCGAUAGCGAAUCGGAAAAAAUACUAGAAAGAAUGAGUUAUUUCCUUACCUCGAGAUUUAACGUUCAAUUGCGUAUCAUCACUAGUUGCUAAUAGCUUAUAGAUUUAAAAAUGUAUUCACCGUUUACUAAUACAGCCUUUCGAGUUACUUUGAUUUGUAUCUGAAUUGGUUAAUAUGCCUAAAGGUCACUCUGUUUCAUUCACUGUAAUAAAUAUUGAAAUUAUGCAGUAAAGAAAAUUUUAUCUAAGAUCUUGCCAACUUUUAAUUGUGAAAUGUUUCCUAGGUUUGCUAGCACAAAAGCAAAACCAUUUUCUGUACCGGCAGGGUAAAAUAUCACACAUAAGUGCACCGCGAUCGCACUCAAACAUCUACACUCUAUGCCUUACGAUUUACGGCGGCAUAUCGCACGAAA